UUGCGUACCAAUCCUCUUGGCCGUGUGCAUUUCCGUUUUAUGGGUGAUUUACAUGAGGAUGAAUCGAGUGAAAGACAAAGUGUUGAUGUUUUCGGAGUCAUUUAAGGGAAAACAUAUGGCGGUUUCUUACAACUACAUUAAAAUCGCGACGGAAAGCUUUGAUCAAAAGAACUUGAUUGGUCGUGGGAGCUUUGGGUUGGUUUAUAAAGGGAGGAUUUGUAAAGAAGGACCGUUACAUGCAAUUAAAGUCAUCGAUAUGGAUCAGGAAGGGUCGAUGAAGACAUUUGUGGCAGAAUGUAAGGCAUUGAAGAACAUUAGGCAUCGAAACCUCGUCAAGCUCAUCACGGCUUGCUCAAGCACCGAUUUCAAGAAUAGGGAUUUUGUCGCUUUGGUUUAUGAGCUGAUGAGUAAUGGGAGCUUAGAGGACUGGAUAACUGGAAAGAGGAAGCAUAUAAAUGGAGACGGGCUUAGCAUCGUGGAAAGACUAAACGUGGCCCUCGAUGUUGCGAAUGCGAUAAACUAUCUUCACAAUGAAUGUGAAAGUCAGGUUGUGCAUUGUGAUUUGAAGCCAAACAAUAUUCUCUUGGACGAUGACAUGACCGCAAAGGUGGCGGAUUUCGGGUUGUCGAAGUUGUUAACUUGUGAGGAUUCUAAGCAUUCUAUUAGCUUAAGCAACACAUUCAGCUUAAGGGGCUCCAUUGGCUACAUACCUCCAGAAUACGGGAUGGGACAGAAACCGAGUGCUGCUGGAGAUGUUUAUAGCUACGGAAUAACAUUGCUAGAGCUGUUCACGGGGAGAGGUCCUACGGAGGAGAGUUUCGUGGGAGGGUUGAGUUUGAAGAAAUGGGUGGAAAAGGCUUUGGAAAGUAAUAGAGUAAAUGAAGUGGUGGAUUGUAAUAUUGUUAUGAACAUGGGCAAGAUUUUGAAUAAAAAGGGUGAGUGUUGUGUGAGUGUUGAGAAAGAAUGGAGGUGCUUAAAUGAGAUCCUUGAGGUUGGGAUUCUAUGCACGGUUGAUUCUGCUGAGGCUCGUCUCAAUAUUAAGGAUGUUCUUUCCAAGCUCAAGAGUAUCUCCCACACAAUUAUCAACUCUUGAAAUAAGUAUAAUUAUGUAAGACAUUA